CAUAAUCACAAUUAAUAAAUGAUAUUUCAAAUGAGGUAACCAAAUUAAAUUAAAGAUACGCCCAUGGAGAUGGUAACAAUCAAAGUGGCUGAUGGUUACACUUUGAUUUACUUUCUGGUUCCCAAAGUGUAAGUUAAUUGUUUCACCUUGAUUAUUAUUAACUUUCCAUUGUUUUUUUUGGUCAAUUGUUACCAUUUGAAAACUAAUUGUUCAAAUUAAACCAAGAAUAAUGAAACGAAUCACCGUUAACAGUUCCGAUGAGAUGAUUAAAGCAAUUGAAUCAGUCUCAUCAACUUGUGAUAAAAUUUGGCUUCUAUUUACUGGAUCAAAAGAUGCCACUGGUCAAUCUUGGUGUCCAGAUUGUGUCACUGCCCAUCCGGUAAUUGAAAGUUGUCUCAGUGAAUAUGAAAAGGCUCAUGACGGAGCGGAAAAAGUGGCCUUUAUCACCGUUGAGAUCGACCGAGCAGAUCAUAAAAACUUGAACAAUUAUUAUCGCACCAAUAAGGAUAUACAAUUAAAAUGUGUUCCCACCCUAAUGUUACAUGGACAACUUAACAUGAGAUUGGCUGAAGAUAAUUUAACUGAUCCUGAUUUAAUUGAUGAACUGUUAACCUUGUGAUUAUCCAUUUGGAAUCAACUCAAUCACUAAAUCAAUGGAGUCUCUUUUUUUUAUUCCUCCAAUUUAAUUGCUUGGUAGAAACUGGAUCAAUCUAAAUACAUACGAUAAUCAAAAUGGUGUAAGAUUAUCAAUGAGAUUAAAGAUUUUUUUUAAUGCUUUUGGUUUUUCACAAAAAAAAACUUGAUUUAAUAAUUAAAUUUAAUAAUCUUGAUUUGAA